AUGGCCAAGGCAAUGGCAAGCUUGGGCAUGUCCUUGACUUGUAAGGUGGAUUGUGCUUCCUGCCAACUUGUUUGCACCAGUGGCAGCACAGGAGGCGACACCGGCGAUGAAACCCCUACGCCCCCACCGCCUCUAGUGACGUAUCCCUCCCCGCCGCCUCCUCCUACUCCUCUCCCUGUCCUCCCCCCACCAUCGUCAUCUCCCCCUGCCACCACCCCGCCUCCUCCAACACCUCUUUCACCCGUCACUGUCUCUUCUCCUCCUCCACCAGCUCCUAGCAGUAGCUCCACCCUGCAGACUGCCACUCCUCCUCCGCCGCCUACCAGCGGUGGCUCCACCCCUCCUAAUGCCCCUCCAACCGCCACGCCUCCUCCACUGCCUACCGGUGACGGCUCGACCCGUCCCAGUGCCCCCCGACAGCCACGCUUCCACCUACAAGCAGCGGAUCCACACCUCUAA